AUGUUCUCUAACUUGACAGCCUUUGUGCUUUGUAUUCUGGUGAUUAUUGGUGGUCUGGUGAACCCUAGUGCAGGAGCACCGCAUCUAGUAACAAGAGAUACAGGCUGCCAAGGCGUCGAUGUUUUGUACCCAAGUGCGAGUACCGUCGUGCACCGGAGUGAAGAACAAACGAUUUAUCUCAUCUUGGGUAGUAGGAUAGAGAACGCAAGCCUGAGUGAGGUUUCGAUUGUCCGUAAAGAGGAUGAAAAGACGUUGAGUAUGGUUGUAUGGACUAGUGAUGAAAAGGACCAGAUGAGCAAAAUCACUGCAAUUCAGCAAGACCUCAAUCGACUCAACACAACCUUACCAAAUCAUUUUUGGUUCCGCGCUAAUGUUGAUCAGGGUGAUCAAUCCUGUCAAUAUGAAUCCGAGAUAUUUGAAAUCACUGAAUAA